GGCGGAGCGCGAAGCGAUGGAAGAGGGCGAGGGCGAUCGUGAGGGACUUUAGGGAGGAUUGUGAUAUGCCGGUGUCCAAGAUGUGGGAUGUGGCCGACGCCAUGGUGGCCGAGAUGAGGGCUGGGCUCUUUUCGAAUGAGAGCGGGGUUAGCAGCUUGCGGAUGCUCGUUUCUCCGAUCGAUUCGUUUCCCACUGGAAAUGAAGAAGGAACAUUCUAUGGAGUAGAAAUGGGCCGAACAAAGGUCUGUGUUUUUCGUGCACAACUGGCAGGGAAGGAGCUUGGUGUUGCAAAGAAAGAACUCAUGGAGGUCCCUGUGCCAAUAAAUUUGAUGGUUGGCACUUCGGAGGAAUUAUAUCAUUAUCUUGCUGCACAACUAGUAAAAUUUAUCGCUUCAAGCGGAAGCACUAGUGUGCUAGGAAAGCCCAAAGAAGUUGGUGUAGCAUUUUCAUUUCCUGUAAUUCAUUCAGCAACAGAAGGCAUCCAUGUAGAGUGGAACAAGGGAUUUUCUAUUAAGGAGAGUGCGGGAAGGGAUGCUCUCACAAUGCUGAACGAGGCCAUGGUGAAACAUGGCGUUGACAUGCAUAUUGCUUCCCUGGUUAAUAAUACUGUUGGAACUCUGGUUGGAGGUAGAUACUGCAGCCAUGAAACUGUGGCUGCUAUUAUUCUAGGGAAUGGGACGAAUGCUGCCUACUUGGAGCCUUUGGAGUCUGUGCCCAAAUGGCAUGGCUCUCGUCCACCGCAUGGACAAUUGGUCAUCAACAUGGAAUGGGGAGAUUUCCUGUCAUCUCAUCUUCCCGUUACCGAGUUUGACUCUCAAUUAGACAAUGAAAGUCCAAGACCUGGGGAGCAGAUAUUUGAGAAGCUCAUCUCUGGAAUGUAUCUGGGAGACAUUGUUAGAAGGGUAUUGCUGAAAUUAGCUGAAGAAACUGCUCUGUUUGGAGACAGUGUCCCUCUAAAACUUAGAAUUCCAUUUGCUUUAAGGACUCCUGAUGUUGCUUCCAUGCAUCAGGAUACAUCAUCAAAUCUACGUGUUGUUGCAGAGAAGUUGGAUAAAGCUUUAGGGAUUCACGAUACAACUAGAACAAUGAGAAAGCUUGUGGUAGAGGUAUGUGAUGCUGUGACAAAGCGUGCAGCUCGAUUGGCUGGGGCUGGAAUAGUUGGCAUUUUGAAGAAGCUAGGGAGGGAUGGAACUGAUAAAAAAGCAGUUGUAGUGGUGGAAGGCGGUCUCUAUGAACACUACAGGCUCUUCAGAACUUAUUUACAUAGUAGCAUAAAAGAGAUGCUUCAGGGGAAAUUCUCCGAUAAUGUGGUUAUCGAGCAUUGGCCAGAUGUCUGCGGAGUUGGAUCAGCAUUGCUUUCAGUUCCAAGCUCCCAUGUGUAAGGAACUGAUGCUGGCUACUUAUAUCAUGUUGGAUUCUAAAGUUUCCAGUUUACUACAAUGCAGGUGCCAAUUAGGCAUUUGUGCAGAAGCCAACCAAUGUCUUGGUGCCGAAUAAAGAAGGGGUUUAAUAAAGGAACUUAUGCCGUUGUUAGAAAACAGUUCAGAGGCAUUUUUUGAUUCUCUUGAUCCUCAGGGAUUGUGACUUGGGUAUUCACUUUUUUAGCGGAUAUAGUUUUGUAUGGCCUUGAAUUUUGACAAGUCCUUUCUUUCUUUCGUUCGUUCUUUCUUUUUCCUUCUAUUUCGUAAAUUUAUUUACCAUCACACGGUCUUGAAUCUUGAUUGAUAAAAAGUAACUUCUUGAAUGGUACUCUUCUAUAAGCUCGAAAAGACAGUAAAUCAGAAAUUCACAUAUCUGAAUUGCGGUGAGAAAACAGAAACUUACAGUGA